CUUCGACAUAAGUGAAUCAAAAGUGGGUUUUACGCUCCUGAAUUGCAUAAUGGCAUUGAAAACGCUUAACUAAGCGCUUGAUUCAUGAUAAGAUGCGAUAAAAAUGUGGAUAAAUAGACAACACUUCCUAUUUGAAGCAUUCAAGUAGCAACGAUUGAGCGGAUAAUUGAUAUAGUGUUAUAUGUGCAUCCAAAAUGUCCCAGAACCACGAGAACGAAGAACACGACCAUUUUUAUCAUUACGAAGACGGAGCAUUUGAAUGCACAAAACCCGGUUGCAAUGUUAGGAAACUCAGGAAUCCCGAUGGAACGUUGCGCCCUCAGAACCCCAACAUCGAAGCUAUCAAAGAUGAUUUUCUUUAUCAUUUAGGAUUGGGAGCAGCUUCACAUGAUUUAGUCAACAUGUUUAGUGACGUGCAGUUUGUCUGCAUGGGUGGUACUUCGGCACGAAUGGAAAUAUUCGCCCACUACAUAAUGAAGGAAAUUGGCCACAGUUUACCUACUGGUGCCGAUUUGCAAGAUAUUACGCGAAAAUCACAGCGUUUUGCCAUGUAUAAAGUUGGACCUGUGCUUUGUGUUAGUCACGGCAUGGGAGUUCCAUCGAUCGGAAUUUUGCUCCACGAAAUAAUUAAACUUAUGUAUCAUGCGAAGGUAAAAAAUCCAAUUUUCUUCAGAAUAGGCACCUGCGGGGGUAUUGGAUUGGAACCAGGAACGGUGAUCGUUGCCAAUCAAGCGGUUGACGAAAUGGGGAAUAACUAUUAUGAACAGAAAAUUUGUGGUAAAGUCGUCAAGCGGCCGGCAAUAGUUGACAAACGUCUAGUCAACGAACUCCUAGCACUGUCAAAACCUGAAGAUUCCUUUAAAGUUGUCACAGGAGCUACGAUGUGUGCAAAUGACUUCUAUGAAGGACAAGGACGAACUGAUGGAGCUUUUUGUGAGCACUCGGAAGAAGAAAAGAUGAAUUAUUUAAGAGAGUUGCAGAACAAAGGAGUUAAGAAUAUUGAAAUGGAAGCGACUAUAUUUGCAGCACUUACGUAUAAAGCUGGAAUUAAGUCUGCUUUGGUUAAUGUAGCUUUAGUCAAUCGGCUGAAAGGCGACCAGGUGACUACUCCUAAAGAAGUGAUGAUGGAGUGGCAAAAUCAUCCACAAAUUCUUGUCGGACGCUACAUUAAAAAGAAACUGUCAGAAAACAAGUCAUAAAACAGUAUAUUUAAUAGCUAGCCAAUAUUUAUAAAUGAAAUUUAUUUCAAUAAACAAUACACUUUUUCAAAA